GGCAACCUUUGCUGGGCCGCUCACGAGGGUUUUCCUUUCUCAGCCAGCUCCAUUGCUGCCAGCGAGUGCGUGGCCUAGAUGGACUGGUGAAACUGUCAAAAUUCAAGUCAAGUCAGUCAAGUUUUGCGUUGAACUCGUGUCACCGUCAUGCCGGCGUAUUUUCAGCGGCCAGAGAAUGCUCUCAAACGAGCGAACGAAUUUCUUGAGGUUGGCAAAAAGCAGCCAGCUUUGGAUGUUUUGUACGAUGUCAUCAAAAGCAAGAAACAUCGAACAUGGCAGAAGAUCCACGAGCCGAUUAUGCUCAAAUACCUCGAGCUCUGUGUGGAUCUCCGCAAGAGCCACCUGGCAAAAGAGGGCCUGUACCAAUACAAGAACAUCUGCCAGCAGGUGAACAUCAAAUCACUGGAGGAUGUGGUUAGGGCUUACCUCAAGCUGGCAGAGGAGAAGACUGAGACGGCUAAGGAAGAGUCCCAGCAGAUGGUUUUGGAUAUCGAGGACCUGGACAAUAUUCAGACACCUGAAAGUGUGCUUCUGAGUGCUGUGAGUGGUGAGGAUACCCAGGACCGUACUGACCGCCUGCUGCUCACCCCAUGGGUAAAGUUCCUGUGGGAGUCUUACCGCCAGUGCCUGGACCUCCUUAGGAACAACUCCAAGGUGGAGCGCCUGUACCAUGACAUUGCCCAGCAAGCUUUUAAGUUCUGCCUGCAGUACACCCGCAAAGCAGAAUUUCGCAAGCUGUGUGACAACCUGCGCAUGCAUCUGGGCCAGAUCCAACGACACCACAACCAGAGCACCGCCAUCAACCUGAACAACCCGGAGAGCCAGUCCAUGCACCUGGAGACCCGUCUGGUGCAGCUGGACAGCGCCAUAAGCAUGGAGCUCUGGCAGGAAGCAUUCAAGGCUGUUGAGGACAUCCACGGCCUGUUUGCUCUCUCCAAGAAGCCUCCAAAGCCUCAGCUUAUGGCCAACUACUACAACAAAGUUUCUACUGUGUUCUGGAAGUCAGGAAACGCCCUCUUCCAUGCCUGCACCCUCCACCGGCUUUAUCACCUCUCCAGGGAAAUGCGCAAGAAUCUGACCCAAGAUGAGAUGCAGAGGAUGUCGACCAGAGUCCUUCUGGCCACGCUGUCUAUUCCAAUUACCCCCGAGCGCACCGACAUCGCUCGCCUUCUCGACAUGGACGGCAUCAUCGUGGACAAACACCGCCGCCUGGCGACCCUCCUGGGUCUGCAGUCCCCCCCGACUCGCCAGAGCCUCAUCAACGACAUGGUGAGAUUCAAUCUGCUGCAGUAUAUAGUACCUGAGGUCAAAGAGCUUUACAACUGGCUGGAAGUCGACUUUCAUCCUCUAAAGCUUAGUGGAAGAGUGACUAAGGUGUUGAAUUGGAUAAAAGACCAGGCUGAGAAGGAGUCUGAUCUGCAGCAUUACGUCCCACACCUGCAGAGUAACACCAUCCUCAGGCUCCUGCAGCAGGUGGCACAGAUCUAUCAAAGCAUUGAGUUCAGCAGACUGGCCUCCCUGGUUCCAUUCGUGGAUGCCUUUCAGCUGGAGCGCUCCAUUGUGGAUGCUGCACGCCACUGCGAUCUGCAAGUUCGAAUAGAUCACUCCUCUCGGACUUUGAGCUUCGGCUCCGACCUGAACUAUUCCACCAAAGAGGAUGCGCCUGUGGGUCCUUUCCUGCAGAACAUGCCAUCAGAGCAGAUCAGGAACCAGCUGACUGCCAUGUCUGCUUCGCUGGCCAAAGCCAUCCAUGUCAUCAGGCCCGCCUCCAUCCUGCAAGAGCGUGAGGAGCAGAGCCAGCAGGCCAUCGCUGCCUAUCUGAAGAACGCCCGCAAGGACCACCAGCGCAUCCUGGCCCGCAGGCAGACCAUCGAGGAGCGCAAGGAGCGCCUGGAGAGCCUGAACAUUCAGCGAGAGAAGGAGGAGCUGGAGCAGCGAGAGGCUGAAAUGCAGAAAGUCCGCAAGGCUGAAGAGGAGCGUCUGCGGCAGGAGGCCAAAGAAAGGGAGAAGGAGCGCAUCAUGCAGGAGCACGAGCAGAUCAAGAAGAAGACCGUGCGCGAGCGGCUGGAGCAGAUCAAGAAGACCGAACUGGGCGCCAAGGCCUUCAAGGAUAUUGACAUUGAGAAUCUGGAGGAACUGGACCCCGACUUCAUCAUGGCCAAACAGGUGGAACAGCUAGAGAAAGAGAAGAAGGAGCUUCAGGAGCGCUUGAAGAAUCAGGAGAAGAAGAUCGACUACUUUGAGAGGGCCAAACGCCUGGAGGAGAUUCCCCUCAUCAAGAAAGCCUACGAGGAGCAGCGUGUCAAAGACAUGGAGCUGUGGGAGCUCCAAGAGGAGGAGAGGAUCAACAACAUGAAAGUGGAACGCGAGAAGGCCCUGGAGCAUAAGAAGCGCAUGUCCAGGAUGAUUGAGGACAAAGAGAGCUUCCUGUCUAAAAUAACCGCCGCUCGCAGCUUCAUUUACGAGGAAAAAUUGAAAACAUUUGAGGAACGGCUGGUGGAGGAGAGGAAGAAACGUAUGGAGGACAGGAAGAGGCAGCGCAAAGAAGACAGGCGCAAUACGUACUACCGCCAAAAAGAGGAGGACGCCCAGCGCAUCCACGAGGAGCAGCUCAAGAAAGAACGAGAAGAGCGUGAACGUCUGGAGCAAGAGCAGCGGGAGGAGGAGGAGAGGGAGUACCAGGAGCGCCUGCGCAAGCUGGAGGAGCAGGACCGCAAGCAGCGCGCCCGCCAGCAGGAGAUCGAGGAGCGGGAGCGCCUCCGCGAGGAGGAGAGAAGGGGCCAGCCGGAGGACAGGGCCAAGGACCGGGGUGAAAAGGAGGAGGGAGGCUGGAGGAGGCGCACUGAGGGAGGCGACUCGGAGUGGCGUCGCCCGGUGCCCGACAGGGAGUGGAGGCAGGAGGGCCGAGAGGAGGACAAGGACGACAAGGAGGGGCCCUUCAAGCGAGACGGGCCCCGCCGGGGCGUGGAGGAGCGAGGGCCCCGCAGAGCCUUCGACGAUGAGCGAGGCCCUCGUCGCGGGGCCGACGACGAGCGUCCCCCACGCAGAGGCUUGGAUGAAGACCGCGGCCCCCGCAGAGGGUUCGACGACGACCGCGGCCCGCGCCGCGCAUUUGAUGACGAUCGCGGCCCGCGCCGCGCCUUUGACGAUGACAGAGGUCCUCGUAGAGGCAUGGAUGACUCCAGAGGCCCCAGGCGAGUGGCCGACGAUGACUGGGGUCCUAGAAGAGGGGAUGACGACAGAGGUGGAAGGAGAGGCAUGGACGAUGGCCCCCGUCGCGGCGGGGACGACCUCAAAGCCUGGAAGCCCCUCGGCAGACCUGGCGGCUGGCGUGAGCGGGAGAAGGCCCGGGAGGACAGCUGGGGGCCGCCCCGCGGCGGGGCUCAGGAUGACGAGGAGGAAGGGGAGGGCGAGGAAAGAUCCAGUGACUUCAGAGACCGUCGUCCGCCCAGGGAGGAGAGCAGCUGGAGGAGAGGAGGCACAGAGGAAACGAGUAGCUGGAGGGAGUCUCGCAGAGAAGAGGCCGACCGCGACGAUCGGCGCCCCGAGCGUCGCGAAAGACCACGGGAAGACCGCGAAGUCCGGGCCCCACCCAGAGAUAAUGAUGAAGGUGGCUCCUGGCGCCGUGGAGGCGAGGACAGGCGAGAGGAGCGGGAGCGUCCCAGUGAGCGGGAGCGUCCCAGUGAGCGUCCCAGUGAGCGUCCCAGUGAGCGGGAGCGUCCCAGUGAGCGGGAGCCGGAGCCUGAAUCUGAGGGGGAAAAAGCUUGGCGCACCGACAAAGAAAUUCCCCGUCGCACAAAGAAUGAGACCGACGACGACGGCUGGACCACCGUCCGCCGCUAA